AUGUGCAAGUUAGCAUUGGUCGUCCUGGCUUUGGCAGGAGUUGCCUUAGCCUACGAACAUCACGGAUACGUCAGCGAAGUUAAGCACAUCCCGUACAAAUACUACGGCGGACAGGUAGUUGUUGUUGAACGCAGCCGGGAGGGUGGUCUGGAAGGUGGAAUUGGUGGCGGAUUCGAGGGUGGUUACGAGGGCAAGGACUACUAUGCCUACCCGAAGUACAAGUUCGAGUACGGAGUUAAGGACUAUCACACCGGUGAUCACAAGAGCCAGUGGGAAGUUCGGGACGGUGAUGUCGUGAAGGGAGAGUACACUCUGGAUGAACCGGACGGUUCCACCCGUAUCGUGAAGUACCACGCCGAUAGCAAGAACGGAUUUGAGGCUGUCGUCAAGAACAUUGGCAAGGGAGGUCUGGAGCAGGAGGGUGGUUCGAUUGGUGGAGGACAGGGAGGAAUCGGUGGUGGUUAUGGAGGAUACGGCUACAGCUACAGCAAGCUGAAGAAGUUCAACUAAA